CAAAUAUCUUUGUCAAGGUAAUCAUUAAACUACUCGCCAAUUUGCCGACCAUCACCAAAAAUCUUUCUCGACCGCCGUUGCCACAGUGCACUGCACUCUCGCCGCAACCCAACCCCAUGUCCUCCGCCAUACUCUCAACCCCGACACUGGACUCUGAAUCCCAAGCCUUGCUUCAAUCCAUUUGUUCCCAAGGUGGCUAUGCCUAUGCCCGCUUGGCAAUACUUGCUGCCGCCGGUGACCAAUGCGCAGCCGAGGCGGCGUGUGAGAUGGCAUGGGAGCAGCUCCAUUCGGGCCCCUGGCACUCCGUACUCCCCGUUUGGCGGGAUGCAUACUCCAUGGCUUGCCUCUAUGUCGCCAAGUUCUACUUCUCCAAUGGGGAGUUCAGGGAAGCGCUUAGGGCCCUGGACAUGGGCAUCAUCAUGGGCGGCUCCUUGCUUAGGAAGGAUUUAGACUCUGCCAUCCAAGUUGUUUCGGCAGCCAAAGCAAGACAGCAGAAUGGUGAAACUGCUGUUCGGGAUGAUGGUACCAGAAAUUCUGGGUGUCGGAGGCUGCUUUGCCCAGAGGAUUUUGACGAGUCCGAGGUACUUCAGGUUUUACCAGUCAGGUCGUUGUCUUGUAAAAUUGUGGCAAAGAGAUCUGCCCUUUCGUUGGAGGGAUUUCUCCGUGAAUAUUUCCUUUCGGGUUCUCCGGUCAUAAUUACUGAUUGUAUGGCUCACUGGCCAGCCAGGACAAAGUGGAAUGACAUGGAGUACCUUACAAGGGUUGCUGGUGAUCGUACAAUUCCAGUGGAGGUUGGGAAAAACUAUUUAUACCCUGAGUGGAAACAAGAACUUAUUACAUUUUCUCAGUUUCUUGAGAGGAUCCUAUCUAAUGACUGUUCUUCUGCUGUUCGCACAUAUCUUGCACAACAUCAAUUGUUUGAUCAGAUAAAUGAGCUAAGAGAGGACAUUUGUAUUCCUGACUAUUGCUAUGCUGGUGGUGGAGAGAUGAGGUCUCUAAAUGCAUGGUUUGGUCCAGCUGGAACCGUAACACCAUUGCAUCAUGAUCCACACCAUAAUAUACUUGCACAGGUUGUUGGCAAGAAGUAUGUAAGACUAUAUGCUGCUUCAUUAUCUGAGGAGCUUUACCCUUACACCGAAACAAUGCUUAAAAACUCCAGCCAGGUCAAUCUAGACAACAUAGAUGAGGUAGAGUUCCCAAAGGUGAACGACAUAGAAUUCCUAGACUGUAUUUUAGAGGAAGGAGAAAUGCUUUACAUCCCUCCAAAAUGGUGGCACUAUGUCCGAUCCCUAACAAGAAGUUUUUCAGUCAGCUUCUGGUGGAGCAAUUCUAGCAGUCCAACAGCAUCCUGACUCGAUAGCCUAAUUCUUCCAAUGUUCAAUUCUUUUUUUGAAAUAGAACAUGGCAUGACAUCCAAGACUUGUGGCUGAUAAAUUCAUACGCAGACAGAAUGAGAACAGUGACAGCUUAUGUAUAUAUGGAUUUGUCGUAGUAUACUCGUAGGAAAUCCUUAGAAUGUAAGAACUAGACAAUGUUGAGGUGUAUUUUGAUUUUAGAGAUUGAUGUAAUCUGAGAAUUGCUGUUUUAUUUCUCAGAAGAUAUGAAUCCCUUUAUCUAUGAUCAUAAGAGUCAUUUGUCAAGUAACGCUUGCAUAAACUCACCCUUCCUCA